AUGGCAAGAAAAUCACCAUUGGUUGCGUUCGUCUUUCAGUUGAUCAACUCCUUUUUCACCCUAUCUGGUCUAGCCAUAGUGUCAUAUGCGCUAUAUUGUUUAUUAAAACUGAAAGCCGCAGCACCACCACCUCAUGUUCAUACGAAGCAUGAGAUUGCUAGAGCACUUCUGGGUUCUGAUCAAGAUAUAUCCAUAUGGCUAUCUAAUAAGCUUCCUGCUGCUUGGUUUAUUUAUCUUCUACUAGUAAUUGGCGCAUCCCUUGUCAUCAUUUCCAGUGUCGGGUGCAUAGGAACUGCAACCAGGAGCCCAUGUUGUCUAUGCUUUGUAUCCUCAAUUGCGCUUUUCGUGGCUCAAGUUGGAGUUGCUUCCUUCAUGUUCUUUAAUCACAACUGGGAACAGGUUGUUCCUAAUGACAGAAGUGGCAGUUUCCACUCAACCUACCACUUUCUCACUAUUAACUGGAAAAUCAUCAGAUGGGUUGUUAUUGGUGCACUUGUUCUAGAGGCCAUCGCUAUAGUACUGGCUUUAUACUUGAGAUAUUUGAGCAGAGUUUCAUACCACCUGGAUUACCAUAGAACCGUUGUUUAUCCUGACAUGACGAGGAGAAAUUCUGAGAAGAGGAGGAACCCAGCUACUGCUGCACCCUCAGCUAGAGGAACACAAGAGAUGACAGUCGCAAGAUCUACUAGUAAAACAGGGAAUAGAAAAACAGGGGGGAUAAGCUGA